CCUCAGCUAAGUUUGAACAAAAACCUCCACAACAGGUUCAAAGCAAACCAACCCGCACAUUGAUAUGCUGGAAAAAGAAAACACGAUGUCGCUUAACCAAAGGCACCUUAACACUGAAAUUGAGAUGGCUAACAGAAUGAAACGGCUGACCCUGGAGGAGAGAAGAGCCGAAAGGUUGAGCGACGUCGAGGUGGGCUGCAGAGUAAUUUGUGAUCUGCACGAUCAACAUUUGCACCGACAGAAAGAAAGCGUUAAGAAGAAGAUGGAGAGUAUGACAAAUGAGCUGAAGGCCUCAAAGAAACAAAAAGAACAAUUGAAGAAGGAGAGGUUUCAGUGGGAGGAUGUGAUGGCAGUGAAAGAGGAGCCCAUCAGAAGACUCGCUGGGAAUGAUCCAAGAAAGCAGCAGCAGCAGCAGCAGCAGCAGCAGAGGGGGCGUGAGGAGGCCGAGGUUUGUCAUUCUCGAAAAGUGCAAGAAGGAGUACGCCUUGAGUGCCUGAAGAGCCAGAAGGAGUGCAGGAGAAAAACUGUGCUCUGCAACAACUGGGUUGGAGAGAAUAAAUCAGACAGUGAAGCUGUCGAAGAACACAACGACCUGCCCUCUGCCACCGGAAAAACAAGACACAAGUCCGAACAAGCCAGGCUAAAAUACGCAGACGCCCUCUACACCAAGUGGCCCGUGACCAUAAGGUCUGAACAGUUUGACGCCAGCUCCAGGACCAGAAACCGCAUCCUCAGAAAAUCUAUCUCACAAAUGUGCAAGAAGUUGAAGAGUUGAUGAAAAAAAUAAAACAGUGCAAGACUGAAAA